AAAGGGGAAGAAACUGAAGGAGUGAAAGGAAGAAAAAGAAGGAAGAAGAAUCUAUUGCUGCUGCUGCUGCAGCUAUGAUAGUUUAGUUGACAAAUCCCUCUGAAGCUACGAAUCCAGCCAAAACUAUUUCGUGAUCAGCACCAAGCAAUACUUGUGAUAAAAUUUUAGUAGCAAUAUAAGAACAUGUUGCAGAAUGGUUUUGUUAAUAACUUUCAAGGCACAUUGUCAAGACGAGAAUCCAGAUUGCGCGAGCGAAGGAGGAGGAGGAGGAGGAGAAGAAGAAAUCGAGCGAAAUCACAGAGAAGGAGAAGGCAUAUUGCCAGAAUGCGACAGGUGCCUGGCGUUUCACCGGCUGAUAUCUACUGGGGGAUUUCACAAGAAUUAUCAAAGUGGCAGGACGAAAAAUGCAGCAGAUUUUGCCAUGAUGCUUCAAAUUGGCAAGAUGGACGAGCUGCUUCCGAAACAUGUCCAAUUCACAAUAUUUUCUGGCGACAAAGGGUUUCAAGAAGCUCUUCAUCAAAUGAAGAAUUCAAGAAGAACGAUAAGAAUAAUAAAUCCACACGUUCCUGGCUGGCAAGCAAGACUUCACUGUAUUUUGAACAGGACCAUUCCUUGAAUCCGAUGGCACAGGCCCAAGAAACUUACUAUAUUGGCACCAAAUACAUACGGGUUUUUUCAUGAUUUCUCAGCCUUCAUUAUUUUCAUUUUCAAAAGGUUAAAAAAAACUGAACCCAC